AUGACCACUCCACUGGUCUUAUUACCCAGCGAUGAGGUUCCCCGCGACUAUCUUCCUGCCAACAACUCCAACCCUCUACGACUGGGUCCUGGCCUUCGUAUCCUCUCACAGCCGUCUUCCAAGUCUGCGGACUCCAAACAUGUCUUGACAGCCACACAAGCUGGUCUACUCACGACCGAUGCCAAGAAAAACACAGUCUCACUUCUUUCUUUCCCGAACCGCCGGUACAUCCCCACCGUCAACGACUUCGUCAUCGCACAGAUUCACCAUUCCAGCGCCGAUUUCUUCCAUUGCAUGGUCAGCCCACACACAGCACAUGCGCUCCUAGGUCAACUGUCAUUCGAAGGUGCAUCCAAGAAGACAAGGCCAAUGCUGAAGCAAGGCGAACUGGUGUACGCCCGAGUACUGUCCGUGGGGGUCGGCGCCGGCGCCGAAGUCGAGCUUACCUGCGUGAGUCCAUCAACCGGAAAGGCUGAAGGAGGUAUGGGUCCUCUGGCCGGAGGAAUGGUCUUCGAUGUUUCAACUGGCAUGGCUGCUCGCCUGAUUCGGGCAAACAACCCUUCAGCUGAGAUAGAUGAGAUUGAAGGGCUUGUCAUCCUUGCUGAGCUUGAUAAGAAGCUGGAUCCUUUUGGUGGAUUUGAGCUUGCUGUUGGGCGGAAUGGAAAGGUCUGGGUGAACUGUUCGGACUCUGAAGAAAACACCGUUAAGGCUACAGUUGCUAUUGGGCGCUGUCUACAGGAAACCGACCAGAAGAACCUUCACCCUCAUGACCAGAAAAAGCUUGUAUCGAAAGUUCUCCGGGAGAUGAAGCUGACCUGA